CGCCAUUCUUGAUGAUUUAACUCCUGUGCCACAAAUGACCAGUUUGACCUUGUGUUCUCGUGGAUGUAUUGGUGCUACUGCUGACUUUCAACUGUAUCACUACUAUGCCAUCUUUGACAAGAGUUCUGCCUUGGCGAAUUAUGAUGAUACUUUGGCUAAUGAAGUUGACUACUUCAACUUUUCUACCAUCUUUGGAAAGGAGGACAGACGCUUUGGUAACCCUCAAGGCUUAGUUAAGUCUGGUGGCUUGACUAGCCUUACAUCAGACUUGGACCUCUAUGAAUUCUUCACCAUCUUUGGCAAAGAAAAACAACCCUAUUCUACUAACUAUAACUUCUAUGACUUCUACUCCAUUUUUGAAAACCAAAAAACCAAAAAAAAUCAAAGAGUCCAAAACUCCCGUAAAAACUAUAAAACUGAAAACUGCUGCUAUCUGCUCACUUCUGACUUCAAUGGGUUUAACUUCUAUAGUUUGUUCAAGGACUGCUCUCAUUCAACUUUGGACUUUGAAGUGUAUGACUCUUUUAAAUUGUUCGAAGAAAAAGUUCCAGUUUCUGGCCUCGAGGUGUACGAAUUCUACACCGCUUUGCAAAAGAAACUGGAAUGCUCUUCAGCGAAGUUGAAGUCAAAAUUGGUUCAUUUGCCAAAGUAUAACUUGUCUAGCAGGCUUCAAAAGGCUCCAGAAGAGUAUGGAUGUACUUAUAAUGCCAAGCUUGGGAUGGUUUUACCAAACCGGUCAUUGUCUUCUUUGCUCAAGCUUGACAUGAAUUUGAGAAACUCUUGCAUGGGUAAUUCGCCAUACAAUGUUUCCAAAAAGAAUACGUUCAAUUCUCAAUCAAAGUUUGAGAGAGUUACCAUGGAAGCUUAUUGGAAAUCUUCAAAAAGCAUGCAAUCUUCUUUGGAGUUGACUUCUACUUCCAAAAAUAUGGUCCUUGCUGUACAAGAACCCGCCAUUCUGGAAAUGGUAUGGGAAUACUUGUCUGAUGACGAUAAGUCUAUCAUGAGUCUCAGUACCUCCAUAUUAGAAGCUUCUGACUACUGUAAGGACGUUUGUGGAGAUGGUUCAAGUUCCUGGUCCUCAUUGAUGGCCCUAUGCCCUCUCAUUCCUGAAACUGAUCAUAGCUUAGUGGAUCAAAGAGAGGCUAUUAGACAAAUAUUAGACUCCAAGCCUAAGUUGAUGAUUCUACCAGCAUCAGAGAAUAGUUCAGAAGACAAGGAAGUUGAUAAACAACACUCAUCACCAUUCCGUAAAGUUUUCCUGAAACUUAAACCUCGGAAAUUAUUUGCAUUAUUCGCAUCAAUUAGACACCAGAAAAGAUAA